GCAAUGAAAUUCGGAUUGCCUAUCCCGAGAAAAAAAUUCCUGAGGGAUUGGAAGCAGUUAUAUGGGAAAGAAACUUUAGAAGAUUUUCCCGUGUACUUAGACUUAAUUAGAAUGAAAAGAAUCGCUCCAUUAUUUAAAAAUAUAAAAUUUGAAGAUAUUUUGGAAAUGAAUUCUCAAGAUUUAAAAAGUUUAGGUAUUGAGUUGGCAAAAGAUAGAGUUAAAUUGAUAAAGAAUUUUUGGCGUAUUAAACGCAGAAUUUUCUUUGAGAAUAUAAUCAAACGAAUUGAAGAUCAAGAUUCCAAAUAA